UUAAAAAGUCAGCACAAGCUUUCUACGCCCCAAUAAACGCUAGAAUGUCGAGUUCUUGAACUUGCUUCAAUUCAAUAAUUUCCCAUUUGGUGUUAGCAGUUCGGCGGGCCGUGUCGCUGCGAGCGCAUCUUAAAGGAGCAAAACUAGAAGAGAGUUCGAAGCCACAAGGAUAGGGAGGAAUCGUCUUCAAAACAGUAUUUUGUGUGUGUGUGUGCUAGUGUGGCAAAAUUACAGCGGGGUCUUAAGUAAAAUGGAAGUGAUUCAGAAAAUGGACGAAGUGGACUAUAGCUACACCUCCCAAGAGCUCAACGAGUGGUUCGGUUUGCGGUCGCCCAAUUUCAUAUUUGGAGUGAUAGCCACUUAUCUGCUGCUUAUUUAUAUAAUCGUACCAAAUUACAUGAAAAAUCGACCGCCCUACCAACUAAAAACGUACAUUGUGGCCUACAACUCGGCCCAAAUGCUGGCCUGCAUCUACAUUAUCAAUGAGAUUUUCCGCAUAACAUCGACGAAAAUAUUUCGAUUCUGGGAGUGUUCUAUGUUCGAAUCAAAUACACUCGCUGAGUAUCUGUUCAAUCGCGUCACAUAUUUCACAUUCUGGUUAAAGAUUAGCGAACUCUCGGAAACAAUUGUAUUCGCCUUGCGUAAGAAGCAGAAUCAGGUGUCCUACCUCCACGUAUUUCAUCACUGCUCAACCAUAACGUUGGUUUACCUUCUGCUCGUCAAUUAUAGAGGGGGUUCUGCCUUGUAUCCACUGAUGCUCAACUGCGCUGUGCAUGUGAUUAUGUACGCCUACUAUCUGGCGGCGGCUGUGUGCGAUGCGGAGACAUUGAAACGUUUAACACCAGUCAAGAAAUCGAUUACCACCAUUCAAAUGAUACAAUUCGUGUUAAUUCUACUGCAGGCGGCUGUUAUGUCUUCCAGCUGUGUAAUAGCGCCGAUGGUGGUGGGCUACUAUGCUUUUGUGGUCAUUGUCAUAUUCUAUGGUUUCUAUGACUUCUACAGGAAGGCAUACGAUGCUAGCCUUAAGAGAAGCUGAGUCUUUUUUUGUAUCUUUUUUAUUAUUUACAUAUAUGUACGUAUGUGUGUAUGUACUCGUACUAAGUACAAAACAAGUGGCCGUAAUAGUUUUAAAUGGAAAUAAAUUAAAAUUAAAUAAUAUUUUAUU